AUGCAUUUUUCUAAGUCCGCCAUUGCCUCUCUGGCAACCAUACUUCCAGCGGCUGUUGCCCUCCCUAAAGGCUCCUCCUCGGGCAGUCUUCAAGAUGCCAUCAGUGCAGUCCCCGGUGAAUCCCCGCUGUUCCUCAACUACCCCGGCAAGAAGACACCGUUGGCCAGUGAAUAUCUCAAAGUCAUUCCAGCAACAGGGUCAGGUCCUGCUGGUGAAGAUGACCUCCUUUUCCAAAAUCUGCUGGCUGCUGAGUGGUCUAUCUACUCCUUUUACCAGGCCGGAGUAGAAGCUUUUACCUCCUCAAACUUCACCACCCUCGGCUUGCCCAACUCAACCUACGAGCGCAUAGUUCAAAUGCGAGACAACGAAGCUGGCCACGUCCGCAUCUUUCAGGAGCAGAUCUCCAACAACUCCGUGAAGCCGGGUCCUUGCAAAUAUGAUUACGACUUCAACAAAAAUCCCCAAAUCUGGCUUGCUCUCCAGACCUACCUCGAGGUCUCUAGCAUGGCCUUCCUUACCGGGCUAUCCAACCAAGCCGACCUGAACGUUUCCAAAUCCGCCUUGAUGGCGAUCGGCCAGGUGGAAUCGCGUCACAACACCUGGUCUUUGAUUGAUGUGUAUGACACAAGUCCUUUCGCUGGACCUUCAGACACAGUCUACCCCUAUGCAAACCAGAUCCUUGAUCUGACGAACAACUUCAUCGUCUCGGGCAGCUGCCCCAGUAAGAACCCGCCAUACCCCAGUCCGAGCCAGAACCUACCCCAGCUUGUAUUCUACGGGAAUGAGACAACCGGCAGGCCUGGAUCUGAUCUGCAUCUGACCUACAAGGACCCUAAGAAUGUACCCACAUACCAGGAUGACAAAGAGUACUGGGCUGUUUUCUAUCAUGGCUUGCAGAAGCAGAGUGUGGCAUUUAAACCGAAGAACAGCCACGUCAAGAUCCCAGCUCAAUUCGACUUGAAUGCCGGUAUCAUUAUUGUCAACAUCGCGGAAGAGAAAGAUGCACCGACCGAGGACAGUGUCGUUGCCGGACCUUUGAUUCUUCUGGAACAGCCCGGGAGCUUGACGACGCAGAUAUCGACAGUCUGA